AGAGAACAUCGUGUUGCUCUUGAUCCGUUACAAACGUUCCCCAAUAAAAUCUAACCAUGUCUGGCCGUGGAAAGGGAGGAAAGGUAAAGGGAAAGGCAAAGUCCCGCUCCAACCGUGCCGGUCUUCAGUUCCCCGUUGGCCGUAUUCAUCGUCUCCUGCGCAAGGGUAACUAUGCCGAGCGCGUCGGUGCCGGAGCGCCCGUGUAUCUGGCAGCCGUCAUGGAGUACUUGGCCGCUGAAGUGCUUGAGUUGGCCGGAAACGCUGCCCGUGACAACAAGAAGACGCGCAUCAUCCCGCGUCAUCUGCAGCUGGCCAUCCGCAACGACGAGGAGUUGAACAAGCUGCUGUCCGGAGUAACCAUCGCUCAGGGUGGUGUGCUGCCCAACAUUCAGGCCGUGCUGCUGCCCAAGAAAACCGAAAAGAAGGCUUAAACUGUAUGACAAAGCUUCCUUCAUCUCAAACCCAAAACCGUCCUUUUCAGGGCGACAAAUAACUUUGCCAAAGACAUUUUAUUCGAUUCAUGCUGAUAUGGGACAACCAGAAGUAAGAACAUUAUCUAAUAUAGAACCGUGCUUGAAAGUGUGUACAAAAUGUAAAUGAAAAAAUGUGCCUUCCUUUGGCACAUAAAGUAUCAUUAACUGUUUUCAAUUCUGUUACCCCUCAC